AUAACCUCUGGUUGUUGAUCUUUGCUAGAUAACCAUUCAGGUCUAGCCAUAGAUCUUCAAGCUUUAGAUUAAAGAUUUAAGAUAGAUAAAUCUAAGUCAAAACUUUAACUUGGCCACUCAGGAACAUUCACUGUCUUCUUGGUAAAGAAACUCCAGUGUAGAUUUGGCCUUUUGUUUUAGGUUAUUGUCCUGCUGAAAGGUGAAUUCAUCUUUUCCUCUAGGAUUUUGCCUGUGCUUAGCUCCAUUCCGUUUAUUUUUUAUCCUGAAAAACUCCCCAGUCCUUAACGAUUACAAGCAUACACAUAACAUGAUGCAACCACCACUAUGCUUGAAAAUAUGAGGAAUGGUACUCAGUAAUGUGUUGCAUUGGAUUUGCCCCAAAUAUAACACUUUUGUAUUCAGGACAAAAAUUUAAUUGCUUUGUCAUUUGUUUUGCAGUAUUACUUUAGUGCCUUGUUACAAACAGGAUGCAUGUUUUGGAAUAUUUCUAUUCUGUACAAGCUUGCUUCCUUUUCCCUCUGUCAAUUAGGUUAGUAUUGUGGAGUAACUACAAUGUUGUUGAUCCAUCCUCAGUUUUCUCUUAUCACAGCUAUUAAAUUCUCUGUUUUAAAGUCACCAUUGGCCUCAUGGUAAAAACCCCUCAGUAGUUUCCUUCCUCUCGGGAAACUGAGUCCAGAAGGAUGCCUGUAGUGACUGGGUGUAUUGAUACACCAUCCGAAGUUUAAUUAAUAAAUUCACCAUGCUCAAAGGAAUAUAUAUAUUUUUUUUACCCAUCUACCAAUAGGUGCCCUUCUUUUUGAGUCAAUGGAAAAUCUCCCUGGUCUUUGUUGACGAAUCUUUCUGAAAUUCACUGUUCGACUGAGGGACCUUACAGAUAAUUUUAUGUGUGGGAUGAGAGAUGAGAGAUGAGGUCGUCAUUGAGUCCAUGCAGUGAGUCCAUGCAAAACUGUUGCGGUAAUGACAAUUGUUACAUUGGCAGUUGUGGAAAUUGUUAUAAAAUGCAUAAUAUCAGAAAAAAAGAUAAUUAUGAUGAAAUAGAUAGAAGUAAAGAUCCUAAUCAAAUCCAAUUUUAUUUGUUGCGUGUAGACCUUACCAUGAAAUACUUACAAGCCCUUAACCAACAAUACAGUUUUAAGAAAAUCUCAUAUCUCAGUGAUCCAAGAGAAAAUUGUUUGAAAAAUGACACUUGAGAAUUUGUGGGUCAAAUGCCUGUAUCGUGAGAAUGACCAUAAAAUUGGGUGUAAAUUCCAUUUAAAUUCAGUCAAUUAAAUACAUGCAAUUGAACCCAACAGGGCACACAUCACAGGUUGAGAGUCAAAUCCAAAAACGACUCUGGCAAAGUCAGAGAGUGAUACAAAAUAUGUAUGCUGCUGUAGUUUGAAUAUGACAUUCUAAGUAUUGACUUUACAGCGUUGUGAACUAUCAUUUGGUUGUAAAAUAUUACAACUUUGCUUUCAUCCUGUCUCAUCCUAGCACCUAUCCUCUCUUCCUCUCAUCCUAGCACCUCUCCUCUCUUCACACAUUCUGAUGACUUACCAUACAUACAAUUGUCAACCUUUUUGCUGGGCAGCAGGUGGAAAAAGCGUAAAACAACCACAGAUGGCUUCUAUGGGAUGUGGCCUGCGUAUCCAGGGCGAUGACAACCUCCAGUCCAUGAUUGUUGGCACGGUGAUGAGGAAGAUUAAGUCUCGCACCUGGAAGAAGCAGCGCUACUUCAAGCUGCAGGAGGACUGCAUGACCAUCUGGUACAAGUCCAAGAAGGCCGGGAACGCCCACUCCACAUUCUCUGUGAGUGACGUGGAGACUGUGCGUGAGGGCCACCAGUCAGAGGUUCUGCUCAGCAUCGCAGACGAGUUUCCCCCGGACCGCUGCUUCACCCUGGUGUUCCGUGGUCGCCGUGGCAACCUGGACCUGGUGGCAGACUCGGCGGAUGAGGCCCAGUCCUGGAUCAAAGGCAUGAGGAAGCUGAUCGAGAACCUGGAGAACAUGGGCGAGAGUGAGAAGCUUGACCAGUGGAUCUGUGAAUGGUUUAAGAAGGCUGAUAAGAACAAUGACGGCAGAAUGAACUUCCCGGAGAUCAGGGUCCUGCUGAAGAUGAUGAACGUGGACAUGAACGAACAUCACGCUCACCGACUCUUCAUGACGGCAGACAAGUCUCAGACGGGGACUCUGGAGGAUGAUGAGUUUGUCCUGUUCUACAAGAUGCUGACCCAGAGAGAGGACGUUCUCAGGGUGUUCCAGGACUACUCUGGCGACGGACAGAAGCUGUCUCUGCGGGACCUGGAGGAGUUCCUGAGAGAUGAACAACUGGAGGAGGUGGACGGGGUUCAGCAGCUGGCCAUGGAGCUCAUCGAGCGCUACGAACCCUCCGACACAGCGAAGAUGCUGAAGGCCAUGUCUAUCGACGGUUUCCUGAUGUACCUGGCGUCGGCUGAGGGCUCCAUCUUCCACCCCAGACAGCAGAGCUUGUACCAGGACAUGACUCAGCCCCUCAACCACUACUUCAUCUCCUCUUCACACAACACAUACCUGAUGGAGGACCAGCUUCGAGGACACAGCAGUGUCGAGGGAUACAUACGGGCUUUGAAGCGAGGCUGUCGGUGUGUAGAAGUAGACUGUUGGGACGGUCCCAAUGGAGAGCCUAUCGUCUACCACGGACACACCUUCACCUCCAAGAUCCUCUUCAAAGAUGUUGUGAUCGCACUGAGAAACUAUGCCUUCAAGGUAUCAGAGUACCCGGUCAUCCUGUCCACCGAGAACCACUGCGGUGUUGAACAGCAGCGAGUCAUGGCCCAACACCUCAACACCAUCCUUGGGGACAAGCUGCUGAAAAGCACCCUGGAUGGAAAGAUACCUGUCAGCUUUCCUUCUCCUGAGGAUCUGAAGGGGAAGAUUCUUCUCAAGGGGAAGAAGAUCGGAGGUCUGGAGGAGAGUCUGAACGGGCCGGUGGAGCCGGAGGACUCCCUGACAGGAGAGGUGAGCGACGAGGACGAGGCGGCUGACAUCGAUGAGGACAGCCUCCACAGCAACAGCCUCCGACGCAUGGCCAGGAAAUCGAAGCAGCGUCUGUCAAAGGAGCUGUCGGACUGCGUGGUUUACUGCAAGAGUGUCCACUUCAGCAGCUUCAAGCACUCCCGCAUUCACUCCAAGUUCUACGAGAUAUCCUCCUUCACAGAGUCCAAAGCCCGCAAACACUUGAGAGAGGCAGGGGCAGAGUUUGUGCAUCACAAUGCCAGGCAACUGACUAGGGUUUAUCCCAGUGGCCUCAGAACAGACUCCUCCAACUUCAACCCACAGGAAAUGUGGAACACAGGGACUCAAAUAGUUGCGUUGAAUUUCCAGACGGCAGGAGUUGAGAUGGACCUCAACGAUGGACUGUUUAGUCAAAAUGGCCGCUGUGGCUACGUCCUCAAACCUGACUUCAUGAGGAUGUCAGAGAGGAGUUUUGAUCCGGAGGUUCCAAUUAACCGGGAAGGCUACCGACCACUCAGUCUCUGCAUUCAGGUGAUCAGUGGACAGCAGCUUCCCAAAGUGAAUAUCAAGGAGAGCUCCGUUGUGGACCCGUUUGUGAGAGUGGAGAUCCAUGGAGUUCCUCUAGACCAGGCCAAGCAGGAGACCAGAUACAUAGACAACAAUGGAUUCAAUCCAGUGUGGUAUGACACUUUGCGGUUCACCAUCCAUGCGCCUGAACUGGCCCUGGUACGCUUUGUGGUGGAGGACUACGACAAGGCGUCAAGGAAUGAUUUUGUCGGACAGUAUACCUUGCCUUUCUCAUGUAUUCAGCAAGGAUACCGUCACAUCCACCUCCUGUCUAAGGACGGAACCAUUAUUCCCCCCGCCUCCUUAUUUGUACAUGUUAGAAUCACUAACCUUGUAUGAGCUGAACACUAGAGAUUCCAGUCGCUGCUUACCUCCCUGGCAUUUACAAGACUUGUAGAUGGAACAGGUGGAAGGUGGAAGACGCUGAAGGUGAAAGACACAGAAGGUGGAAGACGCGACUAAAGGAGAACAAACCAUCAUAGUGUCCCCAGGCAGUUUUGACAUUCAAGAGCUAGUUUCACAAACUAUGUAAUGAAUAGUUCCUGUAACUACUUCCUCAAAAUAGUAUGUAAUGUUGUGCAUAUACUAAGCCAAAUGUUUUUUGUAGGUAUUAAUGUACUUUUAGAAAGUAUGAUUGGUGUGGUGUUCACUUGUGAUCUUACAAUUCUAUAUUUAUAGUGUGUAUUCCCAAUCUGAUGUAUUACUGAAGAACUGGCUCUGGGAUGAUUCUGUUCUGUCCAACUCUAUUUCAUCACAUGCUAGUCAACUACACAGCUGUACUUGAGAUAAUUUUUUUGUUUUGUUGCAAUGAUACUGUAUGUAUCGGAGAAGUGUGCCUCCACUGGUCAAGAGUAAUGACACAUUUCAACAUAAUUUAAGCCGGUCAUCUUAUCCACACCACAGUAUUUUUGAUGAACCAAGCUCCUCGAGAACGUAACAUUGAAGAGACUGUUUAGUUAGAGUUGCCUAGGCUUACUGCAGGACACAUUUCCUCCCUCUUUUCCUUAUUGGCAAGUUUUGGUUUAAAAUGGGUUAUGACGCCAAUGAAACCUAAUAUACUCCAGUCCUCCUCUCUCUCUCUCUCUCUCUCUAAUGCAUAUUAUCAUUUCCAUGAACAAUAUUCUGAACAAUUUGUUUAGUAUAAACAGCAAUAACAGCGGGAUUAAAAAAUGCCUCAACUUGUGUCAUCUGUUUUGGAUCAUUUUAUAGAAGAUGUAAAUAUUUGUUGCUGUGUUAAUAGUUGUAUAUUUUUGUACACGCACUGUGUGUGUUCGUGAUGUAUAGCAGGGGUCUCCAACCCUGUUCCUAGAGAACUACCCUACUGUAGAUAUUUUGCUCCAAUCCCAGUUGUAACUAACAACCAGCUUUAUCAACCAACUAAUUAUUAGAAUCAGCUGUGCUAGAUUAGGGUUUGGAGUGAAAAUCUACAGGACACUCGCUUUCCAGGAACAGGGUUGGAGAUCCCUGAUGCAUAGCCUAUUGUAUUGUGUUAUAGCAUACCUAUUAACUCUUUUGUAUUAUUGGCCAGUUCAGACUUCAUAGACCUAUAUUAUUUGUAUAUGUAUUUAACUAUGUAUGCAUGUUUCUACAGUAUUUAGUUAUUUGCCAUAUCCAUUUGCAAAUAAAGAUGAUUUUCAAUUA